GCAGAAGCGGAAGUGACAAAAAUCUCACACUUGUGCACUCCUCCACGUGUGUAAGCGUUUCAGUCACAUUGGCAGGUCCACCACAGCACCAUGAAACGACCGAAGUUAAAGAAAGCAAGUAAGCGGCUCUCAUGUGCCAAGCGUUAUAAAAUACAGAAGAAGGUGCGGGAGCAUAAUAGAAAGUUGAGAAAAGAGGCAAAGAAGAAAGGAGUGGGCAAACGAGUGAAGAAGGAUCCCGGUGUGCCCAGCAGUGCUCCCUUCAAAGAGGAGGUCCUCAGGGAGGCAGAGCAGAGGAGGCUACAGAUUGAGGAAGAAAAACAGAGGAAGAGACAAGCCAAAAUAGAUGAGCGAGCCCAGAAGAGGAAGAAGGAAAAGGAGGCUGCAAGUAAAGAAACCGAACCCAAGGCCAAGAAGGCUCGGCAGGAUGAGAAUGGGAAGCAUCCAGAGAAGCGCACUGCCCCAGACAGAAAUUCAAAACAGUUCCUUUGCGGUGAAUUAAAUAAGGUAAUCGAUGCAUCUGAUGUAGUGAUAGAAGUCCUAGAUGCUCGUGACCCUCAGGGAUGCCGGUGUCCACAACUGGAGGAGGCGGUGCUGCAGAGGAGCGGCAACAAGAAACUGCUCUUUGUUUUAAACAAAAUAGACCUGGUACCAAAGGAGAAUGUGGAGCGGUGGAUACAGUGUUUACAAAAGGAGUUUCCGGUUUUGGCGUUUAAAGCAUCAACACAGAUUCAGGACAAAACAGUGCGAGCCAAGAAAAGGAGGAUAGUGGCCUCUAAUGAAGUCCUGGACAGAUCCAGAGGAGCAGCCUGCUUUGGAAACAGCUGCCUCACUGAGCUCCUCACAAGUUAUGCAGCUAAAACAGAGACUGAAGCUUCACUCAGAGUGGGCAUAGUUGGUUUUCCUAAUGUAGGGAAGAGCAGCCUCGUCAACAGUAUGAAAGGGAUCCUGGCCUGCAAUGCCGGAGUCAAGAGAGGCAUCACAAAGUCCAUGCAGGAGGUGCACAUCUUAAAGAAUGUGAAGUUAAUAGACAGCCCCGGAGUCGUGGCUUCGCCGUCCAACCCACCAGCCUCUAUGGCUCUGAGGAGCCUGCAGGUGGAGGAGGGCCAGGAGAGUGUGCUGGAGGCUGUUAGGACUCUGCUCAAACAGUGUGACAAGACUCAGAUCAUGCUUCAGUACAACAUCCCAGACUUCAGAAACUCUCUGGAGUUUUUAACCUUGUUCGCCAAAAAGCGUGGUUAUCUACAGAAGGGUGGAGUCGCUAACACGGAGCAGGCAGCCUCAGUUUUCCUUGCUGAUUGGACAGGAGCCAAGCUGAGCUACCACUGUAAGGCACCAGAGAACAACAGCCUCCCCUCAUACCUGUCAGACGCUGUGGUUGCUGAGAUGCAGAGCGGCUGGGAUUUAACUAAACUGAAAAUGGGCAACGAGGAAACUCUGAGAGGUGUUAAAUUCCCAAACCAGGCCAGCAGUAUAAGCUUUGUCUCUAAAGGCCCGACUGCAGGUCUGCUGAAUGUCAACGACAUCACUGAGGAAAAACCUGUUGCCAAGGCCACAGAGAGAGAAACAGUGCAGACUGAUGAGCCUGAAGAAACUGCUGAGGAGGUAAAUAAAACAGAGGAGCAGGAAAAACCACAGAAGGCAUCACUCAAAAAAAAACCCAACAAGGUGCAGUUCCAAUCUGUCCCCAUUGACAUCAACCUCGCUGCAGCUACAUCAGAUGAUGCCUAUGACUUCAACACAGAUUUUAAAUGAACUUUGCCUGCACACUGUUCCUGUGCUCACGUGGUAUGAUGGGAACACAGACCUGGACUUGUCAACAUACAGCACAUAACGAUGCUGAUGUAUGGAAUUGCUGUCAGGGCGCUUUUGACUAUCUCUGCCUAUCCCAGUGCUGUCAUUUAUCACUGGUAUCAAACUGGACAUAAGCUAGUCUUUAAUG